AAUUCCUAAAACUCCAUUCCCAAUUUCCCACAUUUUCCAUCCAAAAAAUGCCACCUCUAAUUAAACGCAACGGCAAAACGGCGUCUCUUCGGACAUCACCGGCUUCGCGGGGCCGGCCGCCUAAAAAAUGAUCCGUCAAAUGUCGUAGAGACCUUAAAGAAAAAACCUUAUUCCGACUCUUUCAGAAACCACCCCCAAAAUUCUCCAUUUCUUCUCCGUCGACCUCUUCCUUCCUCUCCGGCGGAACCCUAAAACCAAAAAUGGAUCAAUCCUUGAUGCUGAUGCUGUCCAACUUGCUGCAACUCCACAACCACCUCGAUCCCACCACCUCCCUAAUCUCCGACCUCACCUCAUCCUCCUCCGACGCCACCUCCCCCACCUCCCUCCUCACCACCACCUCCGCCGCCCCUCUCCUCUUCUUCACCAUCGCCUCCGUCCUCUCCUACAUCGCCUCUCACCCCACUUCUAAGCUCGCUACCAAAACCAAAAGCCUCGGUAAAUCCACCAAUUCCAACAGUAAGGCCCAACCAUCCUCCGACGAGUUCUCCGUGGCAGCGUUUCGGGCACUUUCAACGGAGCGCAUCUGGGCGAUGGAAUCCUCAACUCGCGACGCUCAGUGGAGAUCUAUGUACGGUCUUUCUUAUCCUGUUUUCACUACCGUCGUGGAUAAGCUUAAGCCCUACAUUACACAAUCCCAGCUCUCUCUUCCCUCCGAUUACGCCGUCGCUAUGGUACUCUCUAGACUCUCCCAUGGUUUUUCAGCUAAAACCCUAGCUUCACGGUAUAACCUAGAACCCUAUUUGAUUUCCAAGAUUACCAACAUGAUCACUCGAUUGCUGGCCACUAAACUCUACCCGGAAUACAUCAAAAUUCCGACACUCCGACGCCGCGUGGCGGAAACGACGCAGGGGUUUCAGGAAAUCACUUCAUUGCCCAAUAUUUGUGGAGCCAUUGAUGGCACUAGUGUGAAGCUGCAUAAGCUGCCGUCCGAUUUGAUUAACCCCUCCAUGUACUAUUCCAAGGAUGGGCACCCGUCGAUUUUACUUCAGGUAGUAGCAGAUAGUAAGAGAAGAUUUUGGGAUGUCUGUGUGAAAGCCCCCGGUGGCUUUGAUGAUGCUACUCAUUUUAGGGAUAGUUUGCUCUACAAUAGGUUAAUAUCUGGUGAUAUUGUGUGGGAUAAAGGAAUCAAUGUGAGGGGACAGCACGUGAGACCUUACAUAGUUGGGGAUUGGUCUUAUCCUUUGUUGUCAUUUUGCCUUACACCAUUCUCUUGGAAUAGAACGGGGAGUCCGGCGCAGAAUGCAUUUGAUGAGGGGCUUAUGAGGGCGAGGAAGAUGGCGGAGGAGGCCAUUGGCUUGUUGAAGGGAAGGUGGAAAAUUCUUCAAGAUUUGAAUGUGGGUCUCAAUCAUGCUCCCCAGACUAUUGUGGCAUGUUGUGUGUUGCAUAAUUUGUGUCAGAUUGCUAAAGAGCCUGAACCUGAACCCUGGAAGGAGCCUGAGGAGAGUGGUACGCCUCCGAGGGUGCUGGAGAACGAAAAAUCUUUUUACUAUUUUGGAGAGAGCUUGAGACAAGCCUUGGCUGAUGAUUUGUAUCAGAGACUUUCUUCGAGAUGAGUAGGUGAAUGAAUAAUAAGUCGAAUAGUCCUGGAUGAGGUGUCGAGGGGCUUAUGAAACAUAUGGAUAGUUUUUUGGUGAGAUGGGGUGAGGAUAUACUACUUCACAUGGUUAUGACUUGCUCUUGAUAAUUCUGACUUGUACUUCUGCUUGAUUAGUCUUGAUGUUGUAGCCCAGAUGUAAUCUUAAUUUUCAUCAUGUGACGAAUUAGUGUAGUUUCAGUCUCACAUUAGAAAGCAUUGAAUCAAGAUUGUAUCUUCCUUCUUUGCCUAUCUGAUUAAACUGAACUUUGGUAUGUCUUGCUGAUUUUUAUGCAUCAAGUUGUGAGAUAUCUUUUAUGAUUAGAACCUGAAUUAGAACGUAGCAAUGGUACUGUUAUAACACAUUUGGUGCAUCUUUGGUUUUCUGAAACUCUCCAAUUAGUACUUGUGACCCUUCCUUCCUUCCUACAUGAAAUUAGUGUGAUAAAUGACUUAAGUUGUAGCUUAUUGUUUCACAGUGAUUGGUAUCUCAACAGUUUCUCUGGUGCAAUCUAUCCCGAGUUCCUUUGUUUCUAUCAUAUACUAUCAGUGAACUUCUAAAUUGCUGUCCCUCUUCAUUGCAUUUGGAACUCAUGGUAUUAGCAUUGAGCAUGAAUGAUUGGUACAAUUGUAUUUGUGAAGAAUCUCCUACAGCCUGUGAUGCUGCUCUCGCACCUGUACAAAUCCACAGUUGUCUUGAUCGCCCAGCGUUAUCAUAUUUGACUUAUUGUCUUUCAUUCUUGGCCGUUUGACAACUUUAAAAGCUCUUUUUUAUGAUCUUUAAUAGUCUCCUUGGUCAUUUUUUGUCAGGGUCAGUGGUGAUGUAUUCUAGUUUGGCCUUCGUUUCAUAAUGAAACAUUACAUGACUGACAAUUUUAUUUUGCUGAUUAAUGCAUCUAUUGGGUUGUAUUUAUGCGUAAUGGCAAGUUUUUUAUUUGUAUCAGCUGAUACUAUUGUACUCCAUUUAGUUAUGAUACUGAGGGCAUAUUACGCUUCAAAAGAAUAUUUUCAAACUUGGAUGUUUGAAAACUAUUUGAUCUGAGACAUUUCAUCUUAUUGAGGUUGCUUUGUCAACGAGGGUGCAUUUAUCUCUCAGUGAAAAUAUACUAGAUAUAUUUUUGGAGGUGACAGUGCUUGGUUUUAGACCUUGCGAUGCUCCUGUGGAUAUGAAUUUGAAGGUUUUUUAGCAGAAAUCGGAGGGAAGAUGCAUAUAUCAUAGGUGUUCAAGAUGUACAGUAACUUUAUGCUGAUAUUUUGUAUAUUGUCGGUCAAUAUGUAAUUCUCUAGUGUUGUUUAUAAAGAUGUAGGUCGCAGGUCUUGUUUGAUGUAUUUUUGUUAUCCUGAUUAUUGGCAGAUUCAUUUAGGGUCAGAUCCUUUGCACCUGCAAGUUGUGUAUCUUAGAAGAGCAAAGAAACAGA